AUGGCUUCUUCCACGAUCCCAAAGACCAUGACCGGCAUCCUGGUCGAGAAAACCGGCGGUCCUGAAGUGCUCCAGUACAAGACCGACCUUGCAGUGCCCACGCCUAAGGAGGGAGAGAUUUUGGUGAAGAAUGAAUACACAGGAAUUAACUUUAUUGAUACAUAUUUCCGAACCGGUCUCUAUCCCUCCCCAAAGCCUGAGAUUCUUGGCCGCGAGGCCUCUGGAAUCGUCGUCGACGUCGGCCCCGGCGAGUCUUACUCGAUCAAAAAGGGUGACCGGGUCGUAUACCUCGGGACUAGCUCGUACGCCGAAUACACCGCUACGCCCGCCGCGAAGGCGAGCAUUGUGCCGGAGCAAAUCUCGUCCCAAGUUGCCGCAGCAGCACUACUACAGGGCCUUACUGCGCUGACGCUCGUGCGCGAGUCAUAUGCCGUCAAGAAAGGCGAUUGGAUCCUGGUGCAUGCCGCUGCGGGCGGCGUAGGCGGCUGGCUGUGUCAGCUGCUUCGCGCAAUUGGCGCGCGCGUCAUUGGCACCGCGAGCACCCAGGCAAAGCGCGACUUGGCCAAGUCUUUGGGCGCUGAGUUCUUGAUUGAUUAUACGACCGAGGAUCUAGUUGCCCGUGUCAAGGAAAUCACGGGUGGUCAGGGAGUUGCCGCGGUAUUUGACGGUGUAGGGAAGUCGACAUUCGAUGCCGAUUUGGAGUUACUCGCGCGAAAGGGAUCAUUGGUCAGUUUUGGAAACGCGUCUGGUGCUGUCCCGCCUUUUGCGAUUGCUCGACUCAGCGCCAAAAACAUCACGCUCCUACGACCCACUCUAUUCAAUUAUAUAGCCACCCGCGAAGAAUUCGACCAUUACGUCCAGGAGCUGUUCGGCUUCAUCAUCAAGGACAAGCUAAGUGUGGGCAUUCAUGAAACUUAUCCGCUCAAGGACGUUGCUCGAGCGCAGAUUGACUUGGAAGCCCGCAAGACGACUGGCAAAUUGCUAUUGCAGCCAUAA